AGUGCUCUCUCACUCACUCCCUUCUCCCAAAAUGCACUACUGAGAGACAAAGCCUGUGUCUUUUUUGCUUUCCUCAUUUCAUGCGCUUUCUGCAUUAAAUUGCUCUGCUUUCCUCAAUUGGGCUUCAUUGCAACUUGCAAUUCAUGAUUCAUCCAAGCUGUGGUGCUGAUUAAAGUCUAAAUUUCAGUUAGUUGUCCUGGUCAUUCAAUCUUUCUAUAAUUCUUUUUAAACUUGCGGGAGCAGAACCUUUGAUUUGCAUGAGGCCUGGUUUCUAACGUAGUCGAUUGUUCGGAAUCUUUCUUCUUGUCGAGUUUCUCCCAGUUGAAGUUUUAGAUCAAGAACGAGGUUGAAUAUGAAAGCUCGUUACUCAGGUUCGAUCCCAUCUGAAGAAUCAGCACUGGACCUCGAGAAGAACUGUUGUAGUCACUCCAAUUUGCCAUCAUUUAGUCUGCCAACACUACAACCUUAUGCAUCAGCUGGACAGCACUGUGAGAGCAGUGCUGCUUACUUCUCGUGGCCUAGUCGAUUAAAUGAUGCAGCUGAAGAGAGGGCAAAUUAUUUUGCAAACCUACAAAAAGGGGUCUUGCCUGAAACUCUUGGACGACUUCCAGAAGGGCAACGAGCAAAUUCGUUACUUGAGCUUAUGACUAUUAGGGCGUUUCACAGCAAAAUCCUUCGCUGUUACAGUCUUGGCACAGCUAUUGGGUUUCGUAUCCGACGAGGCGUUUUGACAGACAUUCCUGCAAUACUGGUAUUUGUAUCUAGGAAGGUUCAUAAGCAAUGGCUAACCCCUAUUCAGUGUCUGCCUACUGCCUUGGAGGGACCAGGAGGAGUGUGGUGUGAUGUGGACGUUGUGGAAUUUUCAUAUUUUGGUGCACCAGAGCCAACACCUAAGGAACAAUUGUACACUGAAAUAGUAGAUGACCUACGGGGAAGUGAUCCAUGUGUUGGUUCAGGUUCUCAGGUUGCUAGUCAAGAGACCUACGGAACCUUGGGUGCUAUUGUUAGGAGCCAAACGGGCAAUCGGCAAAUUGGUUUUCUCACUAACCGGCAUGUUGCCGUUGAUUUAGAUUACCCGAAUCAGAAGAUGUUUCAUCCUUUACCUCCCACUCUUGGACCUGGGGUGUAUCUUGGUGCAGUUGAGAGAGCCACUUCAUUCAUUAGGGAUGACCUUUGGUAUGGCAUCUUUGCCGGAAUAAAUCCAGAGACAUUUGUGAGAGCAGAUGGUGCAUUUAUUCCUUUCAGUGAUGAUUUUGACAUGACUGCUGUAACUACUUCUGUUAAAGGCAUAGGAGAGAUUGGAGAUGUGAAGAUUAUAGACUUGCAAUCUCCAAUCAGCAGUCUUAUUGGGAAACAAGUGACAAAGGUAGGAAGGAGUUCGGGUUUGACCAAUGGGACUGUAUUGGCAUAUGCUCUCGAGUACAAUGACGAAAAAGGGAUAUGCUUCUUGACUGAUUUUCUUGUGGUUGGCGAGAACCAACAGACAUUUGAUCUUGAAGGAGAUAGUGGAAGUCUCAUAAUUCUGAAAGGGGAGGAUGGAGGGAAGCCGCGACCAGUUGGAAUCAUUUGGGGUGGAACUGCCAACAGGGGUAGGCUAAAACUAAAAGUUGGUCAACCUCCAGAGAACUGGACUAGUGGGGUUGAUCUUGGGCGGCUACUCAAUUUUCUUGAACUUGAUCUGCUCACUACGAAUGAAGCGCUGAAAGUUGCAGUGCAAGAACAAAGAGCCGCUUCAGCAACGGUAGUUGGUUCGACUGUAGGAGACUCUUCACCACCAGAUGUAAUGCUCCCAAAGGACAAAUCAGAGCCUUUGGGGCUUCGCAUUCAACAAAUCCCCUUGGAAGAUGGUGCGUGUUGCCCAGAUAUGAAUUCAUCACCAGUAGAAGCUGCAUUUCUAUCAGAAGAUGGGUCGAACGUUGGUCCAAGUGUGGAACAUCAAUUCAUUUUUGGAACAUCGAGUGGGCGUUCCCCACUUCACCGAGAUGAUCUGCAAGAUAGGCCUGUAUCGGAGAAUCUGUCUGCCUUGUGGAAUGGUUCCGACGAGGAUAUCAGGUUUUCGCUACAAUUGGGCGAUAAUGAACCUAAGAGAAGACGGUCUGAGCCUUCACCAAGCGCACAAGAACCAAAUUGAGUUUUUCAUUGUACUCUCUCUGCACUGGUCCCCUGACUUCUCUCAUGCAUGCUCGAUGGUUCUGUAAAAUGCAAACUUUUUGCUC